GUAUUGCACUUAUUCCGCAUGAUUUUGCACUCGAACAGUCUCGUCCUCUCGGCGCCAAUAUCAAAGUAAUCGGUGCAAUUUCACCAGAGCCUGCGCGGAGACUUCCAGAGUAUUUGGAUAAGUAUAUGAGUGAAAAUAAGGUCGUUGUAGUAGUCUCAUUUGGCUCAAUUUUCUCAGACUAUCCAACAGGCCUUGCUCAAAGUAUUGCGGAUGAACUAAGCCAAGUCUCUGCUGCUGUUUUAUGGAAAUAUUCUGGUGCACUGCCAAAAAAUCUCGGAAAAAAUGUAAAAUUAUUCCAUGGAUUCCUAGAAACGAGUGUUCAUUUAAUGACAUUUUAGGCCAUUCGUCUACCAAGGUUUUUGUCACCCAUGGUGGGUUGAAUAGCUUUCAGGAAAGUGUCUAUCAUGGGAUCCUAUGGUUCUCAUACCAAUGGCAGCUGACCAACCCAGACAAGCAGAUUUGGUACGACAUAAAGAGCUUGGUGUGGCCAUUGAAUGGAAGUCUAUAAAGGCCAAUGGCAAAGUGUUGCGAAAUGCUAUCAAUGAGGUUUUAAAUAACAAAGUUUAUAAGGAGAAUACUAAAAGACUUUCAACAAUAAUGAAAGACAGAAAACAGACCCCAAGCCAGGAGGGUGCAGAUUGGAUUGAAUAUGCAUUACGUCAUGAUGGUGCCCCUCAUCUCACCAGCGAAGCAAUCGAUUUACCAGAGUAUAAAUUGCAUAUGUUUGAUGUUUUCAUCUUCCUUGUUGUCGUAGUAUGCCUCGUUAUUUAUCCCAUACUACGUUUGUGCUGCUGUAUUUUUCGUGCUUGUGGGAGAAAGAUGCAAGUUAAGGAGAAGCAGACUUAACAAGCCUGGACGGCUUGACCUUUUUAAAACAUUUUCCAUUACUGGCGUAGAAACUACAACAUACAAACUACAAGAGAGAAAAAGAGAAGAAGAAGUAAAAGAGAAGCAGAUUUAAGCGUGGACCUUUCUUAAAAACAUUUUCCAAUUUCCAUUACUGGUGUAGAAACUACAACAUACAAACUACAAGAGAGAAAAAGAGAAGAAGAAGUAAAAGAGAAGCAGACUUAAGCGUGGACCUUUCUUAAAAACAUUUUCCAAUUUCCAUUACUGGUGUAGAAACUAAAAUGUUUUCGCUUCAGCUAUAACAUGGUCUGCAAUAUUAUUCCACUGUAUCAUUUAUUUAAAUGUAAAAAAAAUUAUAGUAAGUUUUUUUGCUGUGGCUUGC